AUGGGCAAUGGGCAAAGUGGCAGUGGUACGAACGGUGAAAUUCCUACGUCGGCUUCAUUCCUUUCGAACAAAACGUCAAACCCAAAAGCGAAGGGAGGAAAGGUUAUUGUUGUAAGGCAAGGAACAAAUGCGGCAGGGCCGUCAAGCGAUGAACUCAUCAAACGUUUCUCGGAAAUUCCGAAAUUUUAUCCGAUUUUAAAAGGUGCCCUGAAUCAGCCUGGAUUGCGCGAUCCACCGGAAGCAGUCUGCAAAAUUAGUGCACGACCAAUUCUGAAGCUCUGUUAUCGUUUACAGCAGCAUUUAUCUCACUGUGCACAUUGCGUCUCCGAAGAGCAGGAAUCACUGACAAAUGCAGUAAAGGAUGUAACACUUGUUGAUCGCAGUGUUGCUGGCUUAGUGGUGAAAUUUAGCGGGCGAAAGAAAUCAUUUGAUCGUUUUCAUAGAAAUUUAGAAAGAAUUGGCGACUUGCAAGCGCACAUCUCAAGUUUACGGUUUUUCUUCCAAGAUCUGAUUCCAAUGGUUGAAACGCUUAACGAGAUUUUACCGGAAAAAGGACAGUUAUCUGCAUUGAAUAUCAGUCAUCUUGUCGAAGAGAAAGACAUUUCUAAAGAGCAG